GGUCCCUGGGCCGGUCGAACCUGGCCUCCAAUUUGGAUGGAUCCAGGAAGGAUGGAAGGGCCACCUUAGUCAGCGACGGCCCCGCCGUGCCCAAACAAUCUGGAACUGCAGGAGCAGAGACUUUGAGCUCCAGUGGUGGGGUCGAAAUUUUUUCCUUCGCUGGACGACGCGCAUCAGUUUUUUGCGUCGCGUCGCUGAAUUCUACCGAGCAUCUUUCCAAAGCGCCAUCAAUCAAUUCUAGUCAGCGACCGUCAAGAUGCGUGUGGUACUCGUCAGUGGCGGAGUCAUCUCCGGGGUGGGCAAAGGCAUUAUCGCUAGUAGUGCUGGACUUCUCCUUAAGACCCUGGGUCUCCGCGUCACAGCGCUCAAAAUAGAUCCGUACAUCAACACAGAUGCAGGACUUCUUAAUCCGCUAGAGCAUGGAGAGUGCUACGUCUUGGCCGAUGGAGGAGAAACGGAUCUAGAUCUCGGCAACUAUGAGAGAUAUCUCGGUAUUCAACUCAGCCGUGAGAGCAACAUGACCACAGGCAAAAUCUACAAGCUGGUCAUUGAUAGAGAGCGCCGGGGCGAUUACUUGGGCAAGACGGUCCAGGUCGUUCCCCACAUCACCGAUGCAAUCCAGGAAUGGAUUGAGCGAGUUGCCAAGAUUCCGGUAGAUGAUUCGGGCGAAGAGCCGGAUAUCUGUAUCGUCGAGUUGGGUGGCACAGUUGGCGACCUUGAGUCUGGUCCGUUCGUCGAGGCGCUGGUACAGCUCAGACAUAGACUAGGCCGAAACAACUUUCUCAGCAUUGGCGUGUCAUACGUCCCGAUCAUCAAUGGAGAGGAGAAGACCAAGCCAACUCAACAUGCCGUUAAGCAAAUGAGAAGCGCGGGUUUGAUUCCUGAUGCCAUUGCAUGCCGUUGCGAGCGGGAACUUGACGAGGCCACCAUCGAGAAGGUAGCUAGGAGCUGCCAAGUCGAAGACGAGCAAGUCAUCGGCGUUCGCAACAUGGACACCAUCUACCAAGUUCCGCUCCUCCUCGAGGAAGAGGGCCUUCUCAAGCUGUUGAAGAAAGGCCUAGCUCUCGACCAGGUUGAGCUGUCACCUGCUAGGGUUCAAAAGGGCCAGGCGCUGUGGGAGCUUUGGAAGAAGACUGUCAUCCCCGAGAAGCACCUUGACCCCGUCAACAUAGUUUUGGUGGGCAAGUACAUCAACCUCGACGACGCCUAUCUAAGCGUCCGGAAGUCGCUCGAGCAUUCGGCCAUGCGAUGCAAGCGCAAGCUGAACCUCAUUUCUGUGGAUUCGGAGUUUCUGGAACACGACAUGCAGCAGAAGGACCCCACCAAGUACCACAACGCCUGGAAGGCUGUUUGUGAGGCACAGGGAAUAGUCGUUCCCGGAGGAUUUGGGUCGAGAGGCAUUGAAGGCAUGAUUGACGUCACCAAAUGGGCUCGGGAGCGCAAUGUCCCGUUCCUCGGACUCUGCCUCGGCAUGCAAGUAGCCGUCAUGGAGUACGCCCGCAACAAGCUGGGAUAUAAAAACGCAACAUCUGAAGAGAUAUCGGCUACCGCAGAGAACCGCGUCAUCAUCUUCAUGCCGGAGGGAUCCAAAGAGCAAAUGGGCGGCACAAUGAGACUCGGCACCAGGGCGUCCCACUUCAAGCCCGGCACAGAAUGGAGCAAGCUUCGCGCCAUGUACGGAGGCGUUGAGGUCUUUGAAGAGCGUCACAGGCACCGCUACGAGGUCAACCCCGAAUACAUCGAGGAGCUCGAUAAGGCCGGUCUUACUUUGACUGCCAUGGACGAUCACGGCGUUCGAGUCGAGUCAAUCGAGUUAAAGGACCACCCAUUCUUUGUCGCAGUGCAAGCCCAUCCCGAAUUCACCAGCAAGGUGCUAGACCCAUCGCCUCCGUUUCUCGGCUUCAUUGCGGCGAGCUCCGGGUGCCUUGACAAGAUGAUCGAGGCUGCGCGCCUGAAGAAGGAAGAGCUCGUGAAUGGAACAAGUGCUACUACGCAUUUCUGAGCUAUACGUUGCUACGCGGAGUAUAGAAUACUAGACAAGCGUGGCGAUUAAUUGAUGGUUGUAGCGUAAGGAAAACCGAAUGAGGGGUUUCUUAAGAAAACAGGACACCAAAUCUGAGGUUUUUUGGCACUCGAUACUGCAUUAUACAGCGAUUAGACUAUUUUUUAUCAUUCUCACUCGGUUCAACGAUGCUCACGCUUCGGGGCUAUGCAGCAGCGAUAAUUCCCGAUCUUCAAUUUGGAGCUAGCUGCGGUAGGGCUGAUGCCAAAAACGGAGCCAUUCUCCAAAAGCACCGUUUCGGCAUGAGCGGAAGCCCAUCAACCGCUGCACAUAAUCUUGCGUCCUUCCCGAAAAGGAGAUCCCGGAUCCCUUCGGAUUGCGGAUUGCAUCGUCAACGAUGAAAUCGUU